GCUGUCAUUUCCGGUGCGGCGCCGGAAGUUGGUGGCGGCGGGGCCGGCGGCCCGAAGCCGGGCGGAGUGAGGCCUGGUCCUCCGGGCCGCCGGUGUCUGCGGCCUUUGGGUGGGUGUCCUCCCGCUGGUGGAGCCUUGAGCGGGGACGGAGCUGCGGAGGAGCGGGACGGAGGGAGGCGAGCCGAGACGGGAGCGCCCGGUGCGAGCAAGCGGGCCUUCCGGGUGCACUGAGCUGUUCUGGGCAUGGACAGCCUGAAGAACCGCAGUGUGGAGGAGCUGCAGGCGCUGCAGGAGGAUGCUGCAGAGAUUGAGCGCCUGGCCCUGGAGUCCAGGGAGGUGCAGGAGCUGCAGCUGGAGAGGGAGAUGGCGCUCGCCGCCAAUCGCAGCCUCGCUGAGCAGAACCUGAAGUUCCAGGUCCCACUGGAGACAGGACGUUCCGAGCUCUCCAGCAAGUAUGAGGAGCUGCAAAAGCUUGCUGAACGCUGUAAGGAGCAGAAGGCAAAGCUGGAGAAAUUUUCAGCCUCAGUGCACCCUCAGAUGUUGCUGGAUCUCCUGCAGGUGGAAAGCCAGAAAAUUGAAGAGGAGUCUGAGAAAAUGGCUGAGAAGUUCCUGGAGGGUGAGGUGGUCCUGGAGACCUUCCUUGAGCAGUUCUUGGUGAUGAGGAACCUAUUCCUGGUCUCCAUCCCGGGGCCCACCGCAUCCCCCCUCCUUUCCGUCCACUCCGCCAUCCAGACCCGGCUACCCACCCUACACACCCCCCAUGGCUGGGAGGCCACAGUGUCCCUACCCCACACAGCCUCUCCUCCCCAGUUUCCCAAUCCCCCCUCAGCCUCCAUAUCCACCAGGGCCACCCUAUGGGUACCACCCCCCACCUGGGAACCCCCCGCGCCCUGCUUGGCCUGGCAACUAAACCAGACAUUGUCCUCUGCUGCUCCCUCCUCUUUGUGGACUGAGGAAGAGGAGCAAGCCCAGAGCGUGUCUCUUCAGCCCCUCCACACCAGAGUGUUGCAUAGGAUGCAGUAGCAGCCACACCUCUUUAGGAUCAUUGUGAAGUGGUUGCUGGUGGGCUGGAGUGGGU